CCGCGCUAAUAACAUCCGUGUUCGUAUAAAUUUUCGACGUGUUCAAUCAAUAACUUGUCCUAUUUCAAUACAUCAAUCAAAUUGACAUGCAAAUGAAACGUCAAUACCAUCACUAUCGCCGCCGUCGACAAUACCAAAACUCAUCACCAAUCGCACAACGAUCACUGCCACCGUUUAUAGCUGCCGCCACCACCAUAAUUUUUUGCUGCAUUUUGCUGUUACUCGUUCACGCACCCGCCCCCGUUCAAAUGCGUCGUCUGCAACGUUGCGAACUCGUCGGCGAAUUGUAUAUUUUGGAUGUGCCAAAAUCGGAGCUGUCGCUGUGGUUAUGCAUUGCCGAAUAUGAAAGUCGCUACAACACGCAUGUGGUGGGCAAUCGCAAUGCGGAUGGCUCCAGCGACUAUGGACUAUUUCAGAUCAGCGGCCGUUAUUGGUGUCAGCCGGACAAUGGCACCAAAUAUUAUGCGUUCAAUGAGUGCAAUGUCAAAUGCAGCGCUUUGCUGCAGGAUGACAUCACUGUGGCAGUGGAAUGCGCUAGGACUAUUCAGCGGCGACAGGGAUGGAGUGCUUGGAGUGUAUAUUCGUUGUAUUGCAAUCGUACGCUAACCGAAGUGGAUGAUUGUUUUGAAUGAGGAUGGGAUGCAUGCAAAUUGGCCGAGUAACGCGAAAGAUAAGAGAAGAGAAGCUCUAAAGUGAUUGAGGAAACAAUAAGAGAAUUAAUAAUGUGCUAA